AUGAAGAGAAGAGUAAUCACAUUAAUCCUCAUAUUUUCAAUUAUCCUCGUUAUGAUUCCAUUUGUUGUUUGGCUAAUUGGAAAUGAUAGAUAUUCUUUUACAAUAGACAAAAUGAAUAAUCCUUCAAAUAUUAAACCUAUUUUUCAUCUUAAACCUUCAUUAUUUUGUGAUCAAUUAAAGUUAAAAUCAGCAGAAAUAAUUGUUUACUGUUCUGGUUUCAUAUCAACUGAAGUUCCUGGCCAAUAUAAUGUUGAGGUAGAAGAAAACAAACAUGAAUCAAAAUUAUAUAUUUCUAAUGAACGAACAUUAAAAUAUACUUCCAAUAAUGUUAAUAUAUUAUCAGAGUUAUUGCUUGAACUUUUCCCACAAUUUCCUCCAAAAGUAUUACAUUCAAGGGAAAUAUCAGAUUGGUGUUUUACGUUAUCAAGUGAAAACAGUAUUUAUCAAACAAAUAUUUUAAAAAUUAUUAAUAAACUUCAGUCCUAUUUCCCACUUCAUUAUCGUUUCACUUCUAUAACAGAAAAGCAACAUUCAACAGAAUUAAAUUAUGCUGACAUGAAUUGUUUAUAUCGAUUUAAUUUAUUACUUUCAUCAAAUAUCACUCACUUACAUUUCGAAAAUUACAAAGCAACUGGUCCAUUAAAUUAUGUGGAAAAAUCAGUUGUAGGUUACUUCAGACAUAUAUUAGAAAUUCCUACAAUUAAAAAUCCAUUAAUUGUCACUGAUUAUUCUCAUUCAAACGGAUUCCUUUCAUUAGAAUUGGAUAAUGUUAUGAGGCAGUUAACAGUAGAACAAUUAUAUACAACGAUUUCUCUUAUUCAUUCUUUUGAAGAAAUUACUAAAGAAGAGAUUUUUGUUCCCCUUCCUAAAUCAUUAGCAGAUAAAGCCACUUCCAUUCCACCUCAGUUAAAUCAAAUACUCCUUUCUCAAGACCUUUUCUCUGCUUUCUCUAAGUCACAAGAUUUAAUGGCAGAGGCUCAUACAGUUGCUUAUUCAGAAGAUUUCUUUGCAAUUCUCUUCUUCCCAAUAGAACAUAAAAUUGCUUGUCUUCUUCCUCUCUUUGGUCCAGUCCUUCUUUUAUUGAUUAAGUCAUUAUUCCAGACUUACAAAAAAUAA